CAGUCAGUUGCGCGGUGACAGACGAGCAUCCUUGAGCCUGGUCCUGCUGCUGCUGCUGCCAACUAUGGAAGAGAUCAACAACAUUGAAGUGAUUCCCUGCUCGGAGUCCAACUACCUGAGCCCGUUCCGGGUGAACUACAGCCAGAAUGGCACAAAGAAAUCCUGGGACUUCAUGCGAACUCAUGACAGCGUAUCGGUGCUGAUCUUCAACACUUCCUCACACUGUUUCAUCCUCGUCAAGCAGUUCCGUCCAGCUGUAUACAUGUGUGAGUGGGAAAAGGCCAAGAUGCAGCCGCCCCAGGCUGCCGAAAAGAGCGAAGAGGGUGCUGCCGAAGCCGCCGCCGCCACCGCCGCCGAGCCCCAGGCGGAGCCGCCGGCUUCAGAGGGGGAGAACAACUGCCCGUGGCCCCCCGCCUCGGCGGGGGUCACCUACGAGCUCUGCGCCGGCCUGGUGGACAAGCCUGACCUCUCCUUGGAGGAGAUCGCCCGGCAGGAGGUGCUGGAGGAGUGUGGCUACGAUGUGCCAGCUUCCAAGCUGAAGAGGAUUACUUCUUAUAGGUCAGGCGUGGGUGUAACAGGGGCCAAGCAGACCAUGUUUUACGCCGAGGUGUCCGACGACGACUGCGUGAGCGCUGGAGGAGGUGAGCCACGCGAGGGAGAGCUUAUCGAGGUGGUCAAAGUCCCGCUGCACGAGGCCAUGACGUUUGCCUACAACGAACGUGUACCUAAAACCAUGGGUGUCAUUUUUAGUUUCAUCUGGUUCCAUAAUAACAUGUCCCCCAAGUACAAGAUCUCCACCAACGUGUAACUAGUAUUAACCAACCACUCCUCCUACCAUCUAUUCCACCUUAAAUCCAACACUGGCCCGGCACACCCACGCUUCUCCUUCUGACUCAUCAUCCUCGAUUGCCUUUUUACUCAUCGGUGCACGAUGACGGGUGGGCCCCGCGUCCUGUUACCAGCUGGUUUCUUUGAGUUUGGUCCUUGUAACUUAUUGAAAAUUUUGUGUAUUUAUAUUAAUUUUCCUUAAAAAAAAAAACUAUUAAUUUGCCAUAGCUGGUUGUCACUGGCACUUUUUCUCGUGUUUCUUUUUUCUUUUCUUUUCUUUUCUUUUUUUUUUUUUUUAAAUAUAUAAGUCAUUUAAUUUAAUUUCCUGUGCCAUCCUUUAUAAAUGGCUGCAAAUCACUGAUUUCAUUUGCCUGUCCUUUAAUUAAAGGAAUGCUCCACUGCGUUUAAUGCUGAAAGUUAUUUUGCACAAUAUCGGCCAUCUGCAGGAUAUUUUAUUUGGGGGAAAAAAGCCAUUUAUCAUUCCUCAAAGUUUUUCUUUUUUUUUUUCCUCCAAAUUCCAGCCUUGCCGAGGACUCCAGUUCCCCAUUUAUUUCUCUUUUUAGUAUCUAGUAUAUCCAAUUUAUCACUUAUAAUGUGAUGAGAAUAUAUUAUUUCACUAAUAUGACGCUCUUGACAACCAUUCUGAUGAUGUGAACUCUCACUAGUCUGAAAUUUAAAUGCAGCAGCAGCAGUUAGCCUAACAUGUCAAAAACAUACCUGGACGGUGUCACAUGGCACAUUUAAAACAGCUACUUUGAACUCUUAACUAGCCUUUACCAUAACCGUAAUCCAUACCUUAGAGGAGAUACAGAAAGAAUAAAACAUCCUCAUAAAAACAGUGGAGUGUUCCUUUUCUUCAUGACCCAGUUAUGCAAAAAUAAUGAUAGUCAAUUUCGGGGCCUUGUAGUAGUCGAGGUGGUCGGGCAUCCCUCAUCGACGUUUUCUGAUCCACAGCCUUUAAGCAAUACCUAUUAUAGUACCCCAGAUGAAACAAUCACUUGGUAUCGCUGACGUCCCUGCUCAUUCAGGUCAAAGUGUAAAUAUAUGGGUUUCUGUUUCCAGCGUGACACACGGCACCAAAAGCACAAUCCUGAUUAAAGAUCUACAGCAAGUUUUUCCAUCUCACAGUAAAGUACGGUGCAGCUCUUCUCAAUGUGCAGCAGCUAUAUCUUUUCUUUUCUAGGGACAUGUUUUUUGUUUUUUUUUAAAGAGAGCUUUUAUCUAUUUGUGAGCCAGAAUUAUUUUCCUCUCUGUCACAGUUCUCUGUUUAUGUAGUGUCAAGUUUAGGAAGUUUCAGGCAACACCACGAUGACAAUCAGUAAAAUACCCUGUUUCCACGAGGUGUCACCUGGAGUAAAAAAAACUACUGACAAAUGCAUAAUAUGGUGAUAUAAAAAUGACAUUUAAUCCGAUUCUCAAUUCUUCAGUGAGGGAUGUUUAAAGCUGCAGAAGGUCCAAACUUUAAUCUAACACGGAAAUUAGGCUGCAUCCACGUUAGCGUGUUUUUGAUUUUGUGACUGUUACACUCGCCAUUUAUAUCAUUUAAUCCUUGAAAAUUGAAAAAUAGAAGGAAAAAAAAGCUUGAUCUGAUCUAUUGUGGAUCAAACAAACCCAAAAGCAUUUGGGAACGAUGGCGUGCCAGAAAAUGCGGCACAGGAAGACUUGAACGGUGUAACCAAGUGUUCAGACGGGCCAACGAGCACCAACGUCUCUGUUGUCUCUGGGCUCAGCUGUUCUGCUUCAGCUGCCUAUACGUGACAGUUUUCAGCUUACUUUCUCUCACGCGCGUAUGCCCAGUGAUCAUUGAUGGAUGUGUGAUUGGAGCUCAUGGUCGUGUAAACGCUAGUAUGGAUCUGAUUUGCGUUCCGACUAAUGUGGAUGUAGCCUCAUUUUGUUACGGCUUUGAGGAAGGGAAAAUUAAAGAUCCUCUGUUUUUAGAUUUUCUUUUCCUCAAAAAAGGAAAAUUCCCUUUUUCCCCAAAUGCUAACACAAUUUCUGACAUCUUAAUGAAAUGUCUUUGACAUGCUUUAGUAAAAAUAAAACAAAAAAUAACAGAACUACAAAAACUACAAACCCCCCCCCCCCCCCCCCUUUUUCUUUAAAGCCUCUAGACCUUUGUUUGAUUUCAGGGUUGAAUUAGCUCGUUUGCUGCUCCCCCACUUCCAAGGUACCAUGAAUACAGCAUGAUGGGAAGUUGGGUGCAGAUAACCAUGGAAACACCAUAAAUUCUUCUUUGAUCUGGGUCUGUGAUGUUGCACUUAUAAAGGGUUUUCAUUUGAGUUGGCCAUGAGCUUUAGCUUUAGUCAUAUCAAGGCCAAAUGUAGAUAUUUUUAAUGAUAUGUCCAUCGAAUCAAGGUUUUGUGGCGUUUCGAAAAAGGAGAGCGCCCCAUCUCAAAUUCACUCUGACAGUCAAUCAUAAUCUUACCAAAUUAACAUCAAGAGUCUCUGUCCAAAUCUCGGGCCGAAUCAUCAAAUAUUUAACAAAGUAGUCAUGUUGGACCCGACUGAUUUAACCAGCAUGUUAUUGUAACAUCUUUGCAGCUAUAGUAACUAUUAACAGCAAAAUUCAUCCAGUUUCUUUAUGUUAAUAAUUUAAAUCAUCAAAAAAGGGCUCCAACGUAAUGAAUUUUUUAAUGAUGAAAAGACAGAAGUGCAGUGAUGGAGUUGCAUCCAGGAAGCACCACCACUUGCUGCGUGAGAAACAGGUGUGGCAGCAUGAGAGCUUGGCAUUAAACGCUGCAGGCUGUGUUGCACCAGUUUCUGAUGCACAUUAGUACUACCUUAUUAAAUUUGACUGUACCAAGUACUGUCAGUGACACAGCAGGCCUGAGAGUGAGAUGUUAGCUGUCUAGCUGACUGGUAAAACAAUCAAUCUGUUUUAUUCUUUUUGCCGUCAGCCUCCGGGUGUCCACAAAGAACUUUAAACUCAGUAAAUACGUAUAACUGUAAGGAAAAAGUGAGCUGCAGCCAGUCUUACAGCCUCGGGCGCAGCUGCCUGAGUGAAAAUCAGCACGUGGACCCGCUGGUGUGCUCCAUCAGUGCUGAUAAAUAUGCACAAGUAAGCACAAUUUAACAUGAGACUUAAUUCUGAAACACAAUAACACUCAUUUUAGGAAGCAGGGUUGUAUUUUCUAUUAUGGCAUUAGGUGGGCCUGCCUGCAGUCUCAUUCCCAGCACGAAAAAAGAAGACUUUUUUUUUAAUAAAUCAGCUCAAUAGAGUAUUUUAAGUUCCACAUGCGCUCAAAUACUGUAUUUGGGGAGUAUUUUCUUACCAUUUGCAUAUACUGUAUGCUUCAUACAUGUGUUCACCUUCUCUCAGCCACCGAGCUCAUGCUAAAAACAUUACACAGCAGCUGCCGGUUAUUAUUUUCCCAUAGUAUUCCUUGAAAAGAGAAAUAUUUGCUGAAUUCAUAAAUGUUUCUCAGGAGUGAAGAUGCACCCAAACUAAAACACUGAACCACAUCUUAGUCAGUUUAAGAUUAUGUCACACCGUUUAUAAAACACAAGUCUGACUUCAGGACUCUGGAAAAACUUGGUUGGCACCUUUGGAAAACCACAAGAUUGUAUGUGUUAUGUCCUGGGAUGCAAUUGUUGUAGACUAUUGAUCACGAGGCUCUUUGAAAUAUUAUUUAUCUUCACUGUACAUGCUAUUUAUGUCAUUUACAUGAUCUUUUUUUUCUUCACCUUGUGUUAUUUGGCAUAUGAAUAUGUCUUUAUUAUUUUUUGAUUAAAGUCUAAACAGACUAAAACCUUCCUUUUUCCAGGAGAGCUCGGGAGGUUCCCUAAAAACCAGCAAACACAACUUAAAUCAGUCAUUUCUUAACUUCUUUGAUCUUUUCUAUUUAACAGAAGGGUGAAAAAAGACCGGAUUUUUGUUGUCUUCACUGAGUUACUUCAGAGUAUUUCGAAAAUGUGCAGAUUUUGACGGCCAGUUUAGAUUAGUUGCCAUAAGCCACCCUGGCGGCUGGAUUUACGCUGAUUAUCUGCUGACAAAACAACCACGAAAAGUAGGUGAGCAAGGCUACUGCGCUGGAAAAAGUUAGGAAGCAAAAAAAGAAAAACUGCUUCUGAUUUCAAUGAAUGCAGGUGAAAUAGAAGGUUAAGUACAUUGAUAGGCCUCAGAGUCCCACUGUGCUCUCCUUUGUUUUGGUCCAGUAAAAGUAAAAGUCUGCCUCGUUAUUCUUGAAGUUGUGAAAGACACAGCCGAACAUAUUAAGCAAGCCGUUGCCUUCUGAAGCAUCCUUGGAGGUGAGCAAACGAUGAAGCAGUGAAGAAAGUAUUACCAUCACUCACCAUCUUUGCCUUUUCAAGGACAUAUCGGCUGCAAAUGCCCACUAAAAUCUGUCCAUUUAAACAUCAAAUCCACAAAUCCAAUUCAUAUUUGAUUUACUUCCACCUAUUAAUUAGUGGAACCAGUAUAAUAAAGUCAGUAUAAUAACAAUCCAAUUCAGAAGCUCCAUUUUCCUUUUUUUAAAUUGUACACACGUCCAGAGCUCUUCUAAUCUGAUCUGUGCCACAUGGGAGGACAAAUGUCUAAUUUUUACUCGCUUAAAGCCUGUGUUAGAGUUGAGAGAGAUGCCAUGAAAUACACAGAGCUUGUAUUAUAUACAGUGACCAUUAUUCUGAAUGAUUCUGGGAUCUGCAGGUUAAUUGGUAAGCGAGUGAGGGUGUCACGAUUGGGAAUAAAAUUAUCCACAGAGGGCUUAGUCUUGUCAGAUCUUGAAAGAGAAAAAGGAGACUCUGUAAACUGGCAAGAGGUCUUGGUCUUAACAGGUACAUUAAGUGAUACUGUUAAAAUAUUCAGGGGGAUUUGACAUAAAAGAGAAUCCCAGUUUGAUCUGCAUGACCUUUGAGGGAACCACUUCAUGAGGAACCACCAUGCCGUUGGUAUCAAUUGGCACUUUUCCACUAGUAUCGGCUCAGCCCGGCUCGGCUCGGCGCGGCACGGCACGGUUCCACACGUGUGUUUUCGCACUGCCAGGGGAGAAGUACGGGGGUUGGGGUGAAGCUGCUGUGACGUACUCGAUUGCGCAACACCUUUGUUCAUGUCGGCGCAGAUGAGAAAUAAGCUGGAGCCGCGAGCGGCUGAGAAAAAAACAGCUCGUCUACAUCGCUUUUUUAAUUUUUUCUCGACAGCCACCAGGUUUAUGAACAUCUGCACCUCAGAGUUGGAUCACCAAACAGACGUUUUGCGCUUUAUAAUAAAAUCGCCGCGAGCUGCGAGCCCCCUCGCGCUGACUCCCGCUUCCUGAUUCAAAGUUUGACGGCCCCGCCCCCCGACCAAUCGGUGGCGAGGAGGGUGGUGACGUCAGAAAUAGUCCCUGCCCAGCCCGCUAUAGAACCUCACUGAAAUGGUUACAGAAAAAAGUAUCGACUUGGAGCGGCUCUACCCGUCUCAGCCCUAGUGCGAAAGCGCAAAACGGGUAGAACCGAGCUGAAGUGAUACUAGUGCAAAAGGGACUAAUAUAUCCAUCAAGGUGACGCAUUUCCCUGCUGGUCUGUGGUUAUUUCAGCAGGACGAUCCCAGGCCUCAUUCUUGUACAACUUACGUCAUGACUCCAGAUUUCUCAUGAGGAGGAGAAGUUGUAGAUGGUGACUGUAUUGAUGAGUAGCUGAAGCCUUACAUCCAGCUCAAAUAGAAACAGAUUCUUCUUGCAGCAGUUUGUGUCCCCAGUUCCAGAAAUAUUAAAAUGGAUAAUGUAACAAAAAUACCAGUCACGCCGUCUCAGCUCUGAUGGUGUUACCAGUGUGGAACUCUCAGUAUGUCUGGAUUUUCUACAUGCAAUGAAGUUGGUCAUUGAAGACACUCAGAAAUCCUGUCCUGCGUCUGCUAAAUAUUUAAAAUGAGUUUACAAAUAACAGAUUUAAGAUACGCUUUACCUUGCAACAGCUCCAACUCUUUCCACAAAUGGCAUUUGUAAGUUAAUGGAGAAUUUAAAUGAUUUCCAUUGGUGCUCACAUUUUUCCAAAGUUUUGUUCUUGACUAUUAUUCUGGAAAAUGAGGUCGUCACAAGUCUUUGUUGCUUUCAUUAAAAAAAGAUUACAUUUUAAAAAAAGAGGAAAAAUUUGAUUUGAACAGUCAUUCAAAGCAAAAUGUCUUUAUGUUUCUGAAGAAAACAAGCCAUUUAAACUUUUAAGGCCAGUCUGUAACUUAAUGUGCCUGUCAAAUGUGGAUAACUGCAAUCUGAUUUAUUUUAUUUUUUUCCAACCCCGAACAUAAGCAAAACUUCAAGCUUAUGCCUUCUUUUCCACAAGCAGACCUAAAGCUGUCACAGGCACGUACUUCUACAUAUCUUCCCUUCAAGUAUUACCACAGGGGGUUGAGGGCAUUUCAGUGGCCGAGGACGUGCAGGAACGGUACGAUCCACUCACACGUUGGAAAUAAAAGUGCCAUCCUUCAAAAUGGGAUGGUUCAUGUCUUAACGUAUUGUUACCUAAUGUCAAAAUGCUGAAUUCAGUUGCCUAUUGAACUGCAGGUAGCACUUCAAGUUCAGCUGGAUGAGCCAGUUUCACUAUAAAGGUAAAUACAUUUGACCUCAAUGUACGUUCGGCUUCUAGUUUAGUCGCGUUAACCUUUGGUCCAAACCAACGAGGGGUUUUCUGUUGUACUCAACAGUAUGUUUUCUUUCUUUUCUUUUUUGUUGUUGAGCAAAUCAAAUGUGGUUUGCUACAAUUUCCAAGCUUAUUUAUCAUGCAUUUCUAUCAAAUGUCUGUUCAGUACAAACCAUUUAAGUGUAAAACCAAACUUUGCACUCUGUAAAGGAAGAAAGCAACACUGUUGACUCGCGUCGUCUGAACAGUAGCUAAGUUAGCUUCGCUUAACGGGAAUUUGCAUCUUGUUUGUAAAAUGUGUAUAAAAACUAUUUACAAGAGUGUUUUUGUAUUGGACUGUUUCUGCAUUGGGAAAUGUUAUUUUUUACUUUUUUUUUUUCAUUUUCUUUUUUUUUUAACAAUUGUUAAAUAGAGAAUAUUUUCUUUUUUUGGGGGGGGGGGUCAUUUUAGCUGUUAGCUCUCUUCAGCCUUUUGUCCACUUUUAAAACCCCAUUAAACUCAUGAGGAGAAAACAAAAAGGCGCUUUUCCUUAAAACUUCCUCUGUAAAUCUAGCAGUACAACCUUCCUCUCUUUGACAAAAAUGCGUUGAGACUGAGGUUGCAGACUGAGCCGUAGUUAAGCCAUAUAUAUAUAUGCUACUUAAACACACAAUAAUCUCAAAUUUAGGGGUAAAUACACGAUUGAUGAAUUCAUUCUUGCCUUUGCUGGAUUUUAACCAUUAUCUGAGCAGUUCUACCUCCAUCACUCAGGCAUGUGGCAAAAAUAUUUUGUCUGUUUGAUUUCAAGGCAUUUUUGUCAAAUUCUCAGCAACACAUUAGAAAUGUCAGCUCUCAGCAGCCGUCUGUGACUGAAACCUGCCUCACCGGUACCACCGUUUUAAACAUGUACUCCCAGGACAAUGUUGUUGUUGUUGUCGUCGCUUCUUCAACUGUGAUUUCAUUUUUUUUUCUCUUUUUCUUUCUUUUGUCAAUUGUAUGUGCACUGUUUGACAGUUUCUUACUGUGUUUUUCAUGAUUUGAUAAACGGUUCAAGGAUGAAAUGAUUUUUAAAGGUGCUAUGUGUAGUAUUCUUUGAGUGAAGGAGGUUUAUUGCUGGCAAAUUGGAACUCAGAUGUUUCAUUUUGGAUUUUACCUCUGGUCAUUAAACAUUCAGAGGUUCUUGUUUUGUUUUUGAAUCUUUUAAAAGGCACUUUGAUUUUUGGACCAAGUCCACAAAUCAGUCACUUUUGCUUCUUUAUGAGCAGACUUGGAGCUGAAUAUUUAAAAGCAGCUGUAGGAAAAGAUAAUCAUCUUGUCUGCUGUAAAGCGGCUCAUAGUGACCGUACGCUGUAGCACAUGUUUGUCUAUUAAUCUGGUCGUGUAACGUUCAUUGGAAAUCCUACACACAAUACCUUUAAGUGAAAGAAAUACUUCUCAUGGUAAAGGUGUUAGUCCAAUUGUGAUAUAUUUUCUGGUGUUGCACUGAAAUUGUGUUGGUUUUUUUUUCCAAAAACUAUUUUCAGAAAAAAAAUACAAAUAUAACCAUUACAGAUUUAAGAACUGAUCAUUUUAUGCUUUUAUUAAAAGUGUAUAUCACAUUGUGGGCAGUGCUUUUAGUAAUGUUUGAGUUCUGUUCAUUUAUUACCUAAUGUUGAAAUAUUUAACUUUCAAAACAAAACACUUAACAUUUAGUAUAUAUUUGAAGAUAAUACUUUGCAUGUGCACACACUGUGUUGGAUUAAACUGUAUUAAGUUGAAAUAAAAUGUGUUUGAUGCCC